GGAGUCAGAAGACGGAGAGCGGGACAGCUGGCCUGGGAACAUGAGGAGAGAGGAACGCUUGCCACCACACGCGCGAUUUACAUUUGAUUUCUACCUUGUAUGGAACAUUGUAGUCGUCUUGGCCCUCAUCGGUAUGUUCACCUACUUGAUCUUCUUCUUUAAGUGAGAGAGAGGUGUAGAGGGAGGUACAUGAUGACCGUGGGAGGAUCAGGCACAGUGGCUCUUGUUUUGUCUGACACUUGCCAGCUGGUGCACGCUACCUGUUCUGGCUUCACCACACGGUCACCAGUCACCAGUCCGGGACCUCGUCAGCUGGUGCACGCUACCAGCUCUGGCUUCACCAGUCAGGGACCUCACCGGUGUCUCUCCAGCUUUACUAGCCAUUAACGGUGUUGUCAUCUGCUGUGACCCCAUAGCACCGAGGCGGGUCACCCGGUGUUGAGGAAGGUAAUAUAGCUUUAACCCGUCGACCAUGGAGGUGGAGGAGUCGAGGCAGAAGGAGCUGCAUGCAGCCUACUUGUGUGUGAAGGUGACCGUCGCCGAGGACCUCGCCAGUUGUGAGGAGCUGAAGCGGGCCCUUCAGUAUGCAGGCCACAACCCUACGCCCUCCUUCCUGGCCAAGGUCUGGCACGAGGGGGAGACCGACAGCAUUACGUACGAGACCUACUGCAGCUUGGCGGAACAGAUGCCGGAAGUGAUUAUCGACGAUAUGGAAGCUCUGUUCAUGAAGGUGUUUGGGAAUGCCGAUGGAAAGGUUGGUGAAGAUGAUUUUAAGAAUAUGUUGAUUUCUGGCAAUCAGGAUUGUGAUCUCAGUGAUGCUGACAUUGAUUAUAUUCUUCAGGAAGCAAGUAUAGUUACAGACGGAGUGGUUGACUGCAGUAAAUUAUGCAAGGUAAUCCAUCAUACCAUUAAUGAAAUGAAGCAGCUGAGUAUGCAAAAACUGGAAGAACGUUCCAACUUCCAGCGCAUCAACUCUAAAACAUUCACAAGAAAAAAACGAGAGAAAUAUUCAAACGUAGAAGGCAGUAUAUCCUCGCAGACCUCUUUAAAUUUGGAUGGGUGGAACGAAGCGAGCCUGAAAGGGUGUUUCUAUCUGGACAAGCAAAGUGUUCUCGCUCACCAGUACUGCAUGGAAAUAUCAUGCAUGGGCCCAACUGUUGUUAAAGUCAGACCCAAGAGUUAUAUGAAGCAAGAAGCUGGCAGAGGACCUGUAGACACACUGGCAUACAUUUUCCGCGAAUCUCCUGAAGGAAUGCGUAACUAUAUUGGUUUCACUGAUCAGAAAGAUAGUGAUGGUUCACAUUUCUGGCGAGAUACAUUAAAAGAAGGCCGUUACGUUGUCAUUCCCUAUACAAGUGGAUGUCGUCUUCGAGAGAGGACACAGGAUCCAAAAGGAUACAUCGACCUUGUAGAAAAUGAAGGUAAAGUGCAGCUGACCCCUGAAUUUCGACUGGUCCUGGAAGAAGUCUUCGAUCAAGUGGACCUGGACAGUAAUGGGCGUCUGAAUCGUCAAGAAUUUAACUUGUACAAUUGGAAAACCUCAGGUGAGGAGGUUCAAGAUGAUGAGUGGACUGUGGUGCAAAGUAAUUUUGAUGUGGAAGAAGAUGAGUUAACCCUCAAUGGAUUUUUGGCACUACACCAACUUGAAGCAGAGGAUAAUGGUGGAGACUCGGAGGAUCUUUGGGUGUCACUAGAGGCAAUGGGAUACAAUCGGCUUGGGAGGCAAGACCAGGCAGCUCCAUUUAUAAUAAGUGUACACAGUCAAGUUUGCCAGCCAGUUCUUCAGGUAUCAGGACUCAAAAGCGGUGGACUUCUUUUAGACAAGGCAGUUGUACGAUCCAUAAUGGAAAAUGCAGAGCCCAUCAAAAUAAAGAAUAUGAUAGAUCUUAUAAAAUAUGAGUACAUUGGGGAACAUCGAGCAAGUAUUGUGAUUCAGAACAAAGCACACAGUAAAGUUACUGUUCGUGUAGAUUGCACCAGGAGCACCAACGUAGUCACUAACAGGCCCAGUAUGGAUUGGAUGGUCGAGGUAGCUGGAAAAUCUGCAAUUAUUGCCCAUCAACUGUUGCCCCAGAGGCUUGGCGAAGACUGGAGUGUGGUGUGUGAUGCUGCUGCUGUUAAAAACGAGCUGGCUGAAGAAGAGGAGUAAAUUAUAAUGGCAGUUGUAAAACUUGUGCUUUGAGCCAUGGAAGGGAAGACCAUAUUUGUAACUGUUGGUACUACUCGCUUCGAUGCCCUAGUUCGAGCUGUCGUUGAGGAAGAUACCCUUGCCAUUUUACGAGAAAAGGGCUAUAAC